AUGGGGACGCCGAGUGGGGCCGAGAGCGGGGAAUCCCGGCGGAGGACCGAAGCAUUUGGGGAAUGUAGGGGGGGUGCGAGCCCGACUUACAUAAAUUACGCCCUCGCCAUAUCGGACGACAUUCCCGAAGAGUACAGGGCAAACUACGAGCAGUUCCGCGACGCCCUUUCGUCCCUCUUCAUCGAGCGCAUCGCCGCCCCCUUCUCAAAACCCAAGCGCAGACCCUCGACCCGCCCGUGCCCAGGCCGAGGGCUGCGAGAUCUGUGGGCGCGGCUGGGUCCGCCUGACGUACACCACCACCUGAUCCCGCGCAUGGUGUACGACAAGGCGGUCAAGCGCGGCUGGCACCGCCGGGACGAGCUGCAGGACUUCCGCGGCCACGAGGAGCUCGCCAGGGAGUAUUACACGGUCGAGCGGCUGCUGGCGACCGACGAGGUGAGGAGGUUUGGCGAGUGGGUCGGGAGGGUGAGGUGGAAGGCGAGGUGA